GGCGCAUCUCAAACAAGCCUCUUGAUUCACUUCCUCGCUCUGGCGUCAUCAUGUCGUUAGUUCCUUGUUAUGAACUUCAGCACAGAUCAGAUCAGACCAGACUGCUGCUGCGUAUCAGUCCAGCUCAUGCACAACUUCUGUCCGCUCUUUUCCAGCGAUUUCACUAUAAAUACCCGCGGUUCACUCGCGAUAUUUGGUAAAGGUAUUGCUGAAUGUCACAGAAUGGCAGUGGACUGGUGGGGCUUCGCCUAUGCUGCAGCUCUUGCUCUGGGCGGCUUUAUGGGCUAUAAAAGAAAAGGAAGUGUGGUGUCAUUAAUUGCCGGACUCUUCUUUGGAAGUGUGUCUGCAUAUGGAGCAUAUAAAAUAACAAAUGAUCCACACGAUUACUGGACCUCUCUGAUCGCCGCCGGUGUUCUGACUGUUGUGAUGGGAAUGAGGUUCAGGAAAUCUGGGAAAUUAAUGCCUGCAGGAAUCAUGGCAGGACUGAGACUUUACGCCACAAACCUGGACUCCAGCUGCAGCCAGCAGCCAUCGGACCGACUCCAUCUUCCCUCUGCCAUUGAAUAUCCCAUAACAGUGAGAAUGGGCGGGAAGCUGGGGACGUCCAUCAUGGAGACUGCGAGUGGAAAACAUUGGAGAUCUCACUCAGUUCAGCAAGAUCGAGCUGGAGCAGAACUUCGGAGAGAAGACCGGGUCGUGCCUCGACAGCUCCCCAAAUCCAUUGGCUGCAGUAAGAACUUCCCAGGAAAAACCUGUUUGGCUACAGAACAGCAGGUGCAGCUCUGGCUUCAUCAGCUGGCCCUCGAGUUACAGGAACGACUGAACAAAGACAUGAUAGGUCUCCUGCUUUGA